ACAUUGACAACUCUCACCUCGUCUGCACCGUGGACUUGUUGCGCGUCAUAUUUGACAAAGAGAGGAAGCUGAAUUAUUCAGAGAACAAUGCAGUGUGAUACUGCUGGUUAGUCUAAACGUUGCUGUGUGUCCUAAACCUGGUCAUAAGAGGGAAAACGACCUUUAAUUGGAAAUAACUGUUUUACACGUUGAGGGUGCAGAAUGCCAAAGGAACAGCCUUGCUCAAGCAAGCAUAGUCCUUGUGCUUCAUCCACCAAGAAUGCUAAAGAUAAGAGCAACAGUACAACUCUGCAAGAAUCCCAUGAUACUAAGGACAUGGAUGACUCCAGUCGAAAGGGAUCCCACUGCAGCUCAGAAAAAGACUCGGGCUACUCUGAUGGCUCAGACUGGCAGCAGACAGAUGUGGAGGAACAGCAGAGCAAAAGAAGCAAGUCCAGAGGGAGUGAGGGAACAGAAACCUCACAGCCAGGCCAAAAUCAAGAACUUGGGCAAGGCAGUGCUGGGAACCCUACCCCAAUGUCAGCAGGCCAAGAGCUCCAACCAAUAUACAUCAUCAAGAACAGGGUGCUGAAGCAGCCGAACAUGAUCCAGAAAAAAGCUCAACUGCUCUGGAGAAAUGGAAGCAGGGAGACCAGCCGUGAUGGCGCCCACCAUAUGAUUCAUUUGCAGCAGCCUAGGCUUUUGCCAGCCACCAUGCAGCUCCACAAGCCCUUGUCCUGGAAUUCCUACAUCACAGGGAGGAAAAUAAAUGGCAUGUACCUACCCACUGUCAGCUCCUAUCCCCACAUUGCACCACAGCCCAGCAAGAAGCCACCUGAUAAAUCUUCAGUGAAUGAUGCAUCCCAGAAUCUGAGUAAGAGGGUGUGCACAGAGCACAAGAUUGAUGACACACCUGUAGCCAGGAGUCUGCCUGAGCAGCACCUACAUAAGCAACCCAAAGCAAUUCCAGCCUCUGUCCAGCCAUUUUCCUCUUCAACCAGACACUGUCUACCCUCCCCAACUUCCAAUACUUCUUCCUCAAGACAGGGCUCCUCAUCUGUAUCCAGCCUGCAUACUCCCUCCUUCUUCCUCGCAGCCAGACAUCUUCACAGAAACGGCACCACCAGUACCCGCCACCGUCGUUUCCUCAACACGGUAGAAAUCCUCAGACGAUCAGGUCUGCUGGACAUUACCCAGCGCACAAAGGAGAUAAUGCGCCAGAACAGUGCGACAGAGCAGGAUAUUGCCCAGCUACGGCAGCACACGGAACUACUGUGCCAGGCUACCAGCAACCCCAGCUGCAGCCUUAAUGGUAUCACAGCCUGGGAACAUCUACACCGUACCAUGGCUGAGUCUGGCAGCUACCCCAGCCUCAAAGAAUUUCAGAACUUGCAAAUCCCAACUCAUCUAGAUUCUGCCAGACAACCAGAGAGUAUUUCUAUAGAUGAUACGAGGAGGCCACAAGCUGCUGAGAAGUCAGAUGUUCCGCAGUCUCAGCCUCUCUCCACCUGUCCUGUACAGCAGCAGCCUCACUCGGAACAAAGCAGGGAGCUCAAAGCUGGUGAUAAAUCCUCAGAGAAAGUUACCUUUAUACCUCCUGACAGUUCUACUGGUUAGCACAGCCUGUAGUGCCUUUAACUUAAAAAAAAAGUGUGCAUACUCAGGGCCAGACAGUGGAGCUGUGAGUUUGGUUGCUAUGUUUGGAUAUUAAGUGUGGUUUUAAAGGUUUAUCCAUGGUUAUUUAAACCUGGUUUUAUAUGGGUCUCACAAAUUGUCUCUGUAGCUCAAUGGAAAUCCAAUGAGUACUCAAGUUUGGUACUUACUGUACACCUGUCAGUUUUGAGUUACUGAAUGUACUUCAGUAGAAAUAGUGUUUGACUUCUGAGAGCUCAUAGCUAAUUAAUGCAUUCAAGUGCAAUUCAGUCCCAAGGUACAUCUUACUUGCAUUACCACUGCAGGUGCUUAAAGGAUUAAGUGGAAACAAUGUUUCCCCAGGAGACACUUAAGACACUGACAAGAACAGCACUAUAAAUCAGUUCAGUUGGUCGUUUCACUGCCACAUCAGACCAACUUAAUUCAGGGAAAAGAUGGAAAAACUAAUCUCAGAUGCAUGCUGAGCAUUGUUGCCUUCAAAACAACACUGCUGACUUCCAUAAAGAUUCCUAGAAUGCUGCUUUAAAAAAAACCAGUAGCACUCUAGGCUGGUCUGUAACACCAGAGACUACACUACACUGGACUGCAGGAUGUCUGCCCAUACACUUGUCAGCAAAGCCUUAAAAACUCUCCUCUCACUUGAUCAUUUUUGCAUAAGCAGGGCACCUCCAUCAACAUGGAUCAUCAUACUUUAUUCUUAAUCAUUUUGGAAAUGCACCACACAUCUUGUGAUAAAAGCAGUUCAACCACAGACUGUAUGAAUUCAUCACAACACCUUCAGGAUCAUCAGUUAUUCUCUCAUGCAGCAGCUUUGUUGUCCAUUUUCACCUUGAUGAAAUUCUGUUCUUUUGCUAGAAGAAAACCGAUUGUUCUGUGACCACAUGUUUUGGUCAUAGCUGGAGCACAGUUUGCAUUAUAAGAGUAUACAAGUAUGUUGAUGUGGUGGUAUACAGUAUGUGUAUGAUUUUUUUUUUUCCCCUUCCAUUUCUUUGUGCAUAUGACAGCACCGCCAGCAAUGUUCAGAUUUAUGAAUUUUAAGGUGCGUUGUACAAUGUAUUUUUCAUAAUUUU